UUACGUACAUGUACUUCAUCAGACGCUCCCUAUCUCCACACUACUAACGCAUCGUAUAUUAUAGAUUUGCAAGCCGAGAAAAGAAAGUAAUCCAACCAUGCAAAUACUACAAUGGGUUUUGCUUUGCGUUGUAGGUUCCAUCCAAGUAAAGUACUCCUUUGCAGUAGAGAAGUAUUUUAAAUCAUGCCAGGAUAAUAGUAAUUGCCCCGACAAUUCUGAAUGUGAAGUUAUUCCUGGUAUUGCUGAACAAGUGAAGAAGUGUAAAUGUAACGAUGGUUUCGACGCCGUGGAUUUGCCAUUUCAAUCUGAUGGCCAAACCGUAACCAUUUGCGCAGAUCUGGGUUUUUGCAGUCCGUUCGACAAUUUUGAGAAUGACUGUGGGGUGAACGGGCAAUGCAGUGUGAUUGUGGAUGAAUAUGAACGAAUUAGAGCCGCUUGUGAAUGCUACAUUGGCUACUACGGACCCAAUUGUGAAGAAACAUCACAUUCGACCAAAAUGCCGGUCAUUACCACUAGUAAAAAGCCAGGAAACAUCGGAGCCAUUCUUCCAAUCUUAGGGAGUGGGGUCCUUUUCCUUGCUUUACUCGCCGGUGGGGCCGCUGCUCUAGCGUCCUCGGCUUGAUAGAGGUCAUACCUGUCCCUUAAUGCCACACAAAAUCCAAUUCUGGAUUUUAUUUUGCCUUUCUGUCAAAUAAAAGUCAAAGGACUAUGUGCGGUUUUAUGCAUUUUUUGCCCCCCAAAACAAAGUUUUAGAAAGAGCUUUAAAAAUUAGGUGAAAGAUAUUUAAAACCAUAUUGGAAAUAAAGGUGUAAAAGGUUAUCACCACAAUAACGUCAUAAUGUAGAAAUGACGUGAUGAAGAUUGUAUUAUUUUGAUAAAUUGAUGUUUUGUAGCAAAAUAUGGGUGUUUUCCGAUGGUUUUUCGACUCGGAAACAUCGAACGCAGGCUUGCUCAAGUACAAUUUUUUAGUAUAAUGUGUAUAUCUAUCUGACGAAAAAUAUAUGUAAAAAUCGCACUUUAGCAGACCUGCGCUCUAUACUUCCGAAUGCUAAAUAUAGGGCAAAAAUGAGAAUAUUUUCAUUUGUUUGCAAAUUUGCGGGAAUUAGGUCAUUUAGGUGACGUCAUAGAUACAAUGAGCAAUGGUGACUAAAAUCAAGAUUUAAGUUAUAGGCAUCCUCUAUACAUCCUCUAUACAAUGAUUUGUGAAGAUUUUAUUUUUAUACGACGCUAUUUAAAAAUUGGUUAAAAUCGGGGGCAGAUAUUUGACCAAACCGCACAUAGUCCUUUCAUAUUAGAAAAUGUUCUAUCGUUUUUCUCUCUGCAUUUUUUUUGGGUAUUGUUUAAAUAAAUUGGUUUCAAGUGUAACGUGUGUCCAGCCGAGCGGUUGCUAUUAUUUAUUUGGACACGUACCCGGUUACACCCGGGAUUCUGCAGAGCAUUUUAUUAUAGGCUAAAUUGGCCUGUUGUCUUUCAGGCUAAAAACGAACUGAAUCAAUAUAUUUACGUUGAUUACUUUAAUAAAUUUACUUAAUCAAGAUAUUUACGACGAUUCGCACUUAAUCAAAUAUUAAUUUCACA